AUGGCCCCUGGAACGCGGUUAUCGCUUUUGCCUGCUGGCCGCGACACCUCAGCGCCUUCCAAGUUAAAGGGGAAGGCUGCCCCUGGGCCCUACUCUUCCAGCUCACCUUCAACACCAAAUUUUACUCCCAGCCCCCCUUCGCCCACCUGGUGCUGCUAUUCACAAAAUGAUGUCUUGCUAAGUUUGAGCACAUCGACAAUUGUCCUUGAUUCAACCUUCAAUUUCACCGAGUCGACUUGUCUCAUCUACGCGGAAUCUAUUAUUCUUGACAUAAGCACUCCCGCUCAGCAGCCGCCCAACACAUUCCAGCUAUCUCUGCCUGGCAAGAAUUUGGGUCUCUUUUGCCAUUCAUUCUCCACUGCAGGUGACAAAAGCACCAUUCUUGAUGUCUCUGGUUCAAAAGGACAGGCGGUAGCGCCAGUCGCGCAGGGAAACGGGACUACUGGAAAUGACGGUGGGAGGGGAGGCAGCGUUUGGUUUUAUGUCGAGAACUUCACCGAUGACAUCCAGGGAAAUUUUAAAAUAGCUGCCUGCGGCGGCGACGGCAGUCCCGGCGGAACUACCACAGCAAAAGACUGCAUUGGAGGUACUGGGGGAUCCGGUGGCCCAGGAGGUGCUAUAAGUAUAUAUUAUGGAAGCGUUGCUCAGAACGUUCUCACAUCACUGCAGCAGUUGGUUGGCAAGCCAUGGCCAACCCAAGUCACCAGCGGACAAAACUCGUUACUUCCAUCUUGCGAGACUUUGUCCCCAGAUUUCGACCCUUCAGUCCUUGAGGAUGUGUCAAACAUACUAUCGAACUAUGCGCCUUUGAACACCUCAUUGGCGUCGCUACCAGACAGUCUGAAUUCUCUUCUGCAUAACGAUAUCGCCCAGCCUCAGCAGCAAACCGUACAGGUUGCGACAGCUUGCAGCAAAGCGCUGAUUCCAUGGCUAGCCUCACCAUUAGCUCCACCACAGGAUAGCAUCCAGCAGACAUUGAACAAUGUGAACAGCCUCAUAUCAACAAUCGCAGUCUGGGCCCAAAAUUACGGUGGUAACGUACAGGAACAACAAAUACAGCAGCUGUGCCCAUUGUUGACUUCCGCUUUUACGAUUCCCCCAAGCUCGGGGCUUGAAUCCUGCUGGGAGAUGGUGGGCAUGCAGCUUGAAAAUAUUAUAGGGAACCAGCAAAAUGGAGCUAAAUUGAUGGCGAACGUUUCUGGCGGAAUUCCUGGGAUUGGCGGUUAUGGAGGAUCUACAGAAUCCCCUGAUGGCAAACCCGGUAAUAUCGGAACAUUGGCAUACCGCAAUCUUCUUUUUGAUGGGAGCACAUCGGACCUGAACGUGGACCAAGUCUGCGCAUUUCCUGAGGAAUGCCAAAUGAUUUUGAACCAAGCAGAUCGGUACUUCUUUGCAAACGAUCCGAGCUCAAUUCAGCAAGCCACGAUACUUUAUUCAAGGCUGGUUCAGCGGUUAAACUUCAUCCCUACCUUGUUGACGCCCGCUGCUGGGGAUACCACCCCGCCGCCCGCUCCACCGCCAUUACAAAAAGCGUAUGACUAUGUACAGGACGUCCUAGGUUUGACCAUCACAGCAUUGCCGCAGCUUCAAACGAUACUAUCACAAGCGACACAUAAGCUCGGUAACAUAUCCCUCGGUUAUGAUAUGUUUGGCCAUGCUGCGAACUGGGCUCCAAGGGUAUCAUAUGGCUUCUAUGAAUCUGAGAUCUCUUCCGGCUUGCGCCUCCUACAACAGGUCGAGCAGGCGAACAACGCGUACGCAAAUGCGCUUCAACAGCAAGAAUCUGCAGCACAAGCAUUGUCCGCAAGCCUUCAAAACAAUCUCAUGAGUCAGCAGGAUUCCCAGGAGCAAAUCAACCUGAUAGUUGGAAAUGGUGGUAUUUUGGAAAUGUCGGCAGCCAAGAUAACCAAAGCAACCCCUACCCUUCAGCAGAAAAUGGAUGCUAUCAAGAAAGCUAUGACAGCAGUGGAAACCGAUAUUCAGAACUACCUGAACCUGAACCCGAUGACUCUGCUCACUGCAUUCGCGUCCUUUGCUAUGGCUCCUAGUAGCCUAACCGGCUUAGCACAAAUGGGAACCGUUGACUACCAGGCAUUCACUACCGUACCUAAUCUUCAGGGGGUGAAUGUCAAUAAGUCAUACAUACUCAGCCAGUUGACCACAUGUGGCAACUCGUUGGCAUCGCUCAGUGAGGCGUUCACAACAGCCUCAGAUGGAACAAUUGACGUGGACGAUCCUGGUUCUCUGAAGAUUAUCAAGGACAUCGACGAUAUUGAUACUCUCGUGGCGUCAUACAAAGAAGCAAUUCCGGAAGCUGACAGCAAGGCUUUGUCUGGCCAGCUGGAUGACUAUCUGGAUAUCAUUGAGCAACGAAACCAAGCCGUAAUGGAUUACAAUGCCGCCCUCCAGCUCUUGAAUCAAGUUAUCACGAAGUCAAACUACUAUGGCCAACAGGGCCAGGUCAUGGGAAAUGAGGCUCUCGAAGUCAACCCAAAUCUGCCGGCAAUCUACUUCUGGCUCCAAAAUAUCCAGCAGGAUACCGCGUAUGACGUGAUGCAACGAUUGAACUACGCGGCCCGCGCGAUUUGUUUCUGGGGUCUCGAACCCCAGCCAGCCUUUACAGCUCCAGGACCACUGCAGGGCUCCGUCGACCUAGCGAAUAACCAACAAGAACUAGUAAAUCGGUUCGAUGAUGCAGUUACUGGCUUUGCGCCGACGGCGUGGAGCAUUUGGCCACCAGAGGGCUCCAGAAACAUCCAAGGACACAUAUAUACCCUCAGCCAGCCCGAGCUCUACACUCUUCUGAGGCCCACAACGGACCCUGACAAUGGUAAAGCUAUAUACGGUGUUGACAUUGGCUUCUCAGCAUCGGACCCUCCCUCUAUUUUCUCUGGUAUGGCCAAUAUCCGUCUAAGCCAGGUGCGUGUCUGGCUCCCAAAUGCCAAAGUUAGCCCCGACGCCUCAAACCGGCAGCUCUUGAUGGUUGAAAUCACGCAUCUGGGAACCGAGACCAUCUUGUCCCCAUCAUCUGGCACCCCAACCACCUUCAGCCACGACCCAGUCACGCUGCAGUUCCAGUACAACGCAACGAACAUCACAAGCAUUCAGCAAUGCACUUCCUCAGUUGUUAUGAACUCAGAGUCCAUCGAGCAGGAUUACACAGGGGAGGGUACGCCAGGGGUAGACACACUGGCAUCGCUCGGACCUUUUGCCACAUGGUCGAUUCAAAUCAAAGCGUCUGAAAAUGCGGGCCUUGAUUUGAGUGCGGUUAACAGUGCGUAUGUUGAGUUCUGGGGGAGGAAUAUGGCGCUUAUGGGGGGUGAUGAGGAAAUGGACCGGGUCGAUGGGUCGGUGUCUAAAGGUAAGCGUUAA